GGCAGCCCAUCACUAACUGCUCUGCUCUCGCCUUUAGGUUUGGAGGCACAUGCCUGCCAGCAUGGACGGAGCCUGGGUGGGGACGUGGAGACCUCAUCGCCCGCGCGGCCUCAUCUCGGCCCAGUUCCCCAGCCCCGGGCCCCAGUACUCCAUCCCGGGGACAACAGGUUUCGUGGGCCACAGCCCCACCAAAGCCCGUGCCCCCGCGUACACGUUUCGCGGGACCAAACCGCCUGCGGCCGAGAGCUGUGGGCCGGGUCCCUGCUACUUUGUGGCGCCCGCCAUCACCAGGAACGGGAAGUGCGUGGCUCCGGGCGCCCACCUUUGCGGACGACCCACGACGGAGACCACCGUCACCCCCGGACCCAGUGAGUACCACUUCUGCAGCGCUUCCCCCACACGCGGCGUUUGCCCUGGCUCAGCUCGCGCCCUGCUGAAGCCGUAGGUCUUUUGUGAAAGAACACAAACUGCUCCGAGCAGCGAUAAACACGCCCUCAGAGAAGGACAGCUGUGC